UCAGUGGUGACACGAUUGAAAAGGUAAACAAAUUGUGAUGCAUCACGAUAAGUGGCAAUGGAUCUUUAAACAGCCCGUUCUGUAACACGGCUAAAAGUGAGACGGGGUUCCUGUGUCGGAGAGCUGGUAUUGACCUGUUACGUAACGCAACCCGUAUUGAUUCAUCUGACCCCGGCACAGAGUCAAACAUGUCGCUGACUUCUCGUUCAUUUGUAUUGUUAUCUCUCCUCGUUGCUUUCUUUUCACUUUGCCAUGGAGCGAAAAUCUUAUUUAUGCCUAUGUUUGGAAGCAGUCAUUACUUUGUCUUCAAGAAAAUCGCUACUGAGAUUGCGAGUAGAGGACAUGAGGUGAAGGUGUUAACGCCAUCAAACUUGGAGCGUUUCGUAGGUGAAAGUAGCAUCAGCCAUUUGAUAUACGAAUCUCCUUCUGAAUUGAACCAAAUAGAAGAGAAUAUCGAGAGAAUAACGAAAGAUAAUCUCGUGAAUUUUAUAUUUCGCGUCUUUCCGUUUGCAAUCGUGUUGAAAAUCCAAGAGAUGGUUUGUAGGGAUCUAGUGAAGAAUAAAAAAGUUGUGAACGAAAUUAAGGAAUUUAAGGCGGAUCUACUGGUGUCUGAUAUGGUGUUCAUGUGUGGUCCUGUGAUACAAGAUUUGUUAGACGUUCCACGUGUUGAUGUUGCGCCAACUAGUAUUGUACCCUUCUUCAUGCAACCGUUACAAGUACCUUGUCCCGUCUCCUACACACCACAGAUGGGAACAGAGAGUACUGACGAUAUGUCCUUUUUCCAACGUGUACACAACAUGGCUAUCUACAUUCUGUCUGGGGUCCUCAGGGAAUUCUUUGUCUAUAAACCUUUUGGAGACUUGAAAAAGAAAUUCAAGAUUCGCCCCGAGCGGUCAUUCAGGGAAGCAUUGCAGAAUGGGGAGAUGCUGGUGGUACAAGCAGACUUUACCUUGGAUAUUCCCAGGUCUCUUCCACCAGCUGUCAAAAUGAUUGGCGCGGUCCUUCCCGAACCAGCCCAACCCCUUCCUGCAGACCUGGAACAGUUUAUGCAAAGCUCAGGAGAACAUGGUGUUAUCUUGGUGACGUUUGGUUCAAUGGUGUCCAAACUAGAUGCAUCUAUUUUGAAGAAGAUGAGUGUUGUGUUUGGUAGACUCAAGCAGAAGAUCUUAUGGAAGGUUAAAAGAGAAGCUUUACCAUCGGAUAUCUCUUCAAACAUCAAGGCCGUGAAAUGGCUUCCACAAAAUGACGUAUUAGGUCACCACAAGGCAAGGCUGUUCAUAUCCCACAUGGGACACAAUGGAAUGUACGAAGCUCUUUAUCAUGGCGUCCCUCUUGUUGCCUGUCCAUUGUUUGGCGAUCAG